AUGACUGCUUCAGAAGAUACGAAGCUCCUUGCGAGCUUUUCGCCCGAUGCAACGCGGUUCGCAUUCCAAGCCAAUGCGUCGCAAAAGAACUUCAUUGACAUAUAUCCACUAGACCCUGAGAGAAAUUACACGGUAAACAGCUCAUCGGUUAACCGAAUUGACUUUGAGGCAACCGACCUGAAUCUAACGGAUGUUGUCUUCCAAAGUUGGUGUUUGGCCAACAGUGGGCAGGAUAUUUCAACAAAAACUAAGAGAAGGCGUGGGACCGGCGAAGAUGACGAGGAACAGGAACUAUCGUCCACGGAAAGCUUUCUGAUUAACGUUUUUCAACAAGGUAAGAUUGUGGUGUUUUCCCCAAAUGGGCAGGACAUCCUAAAUAUCAUCCAGAACAAGCGUGAGCUCCUGGGAAUUGAUACUAUUGGUACAUCGUUAUGGAUAUUGGAUGACGAUAAAACAGUUAAACAUUUCACCUGCACCUCAACAAAACCAAUCAAGACAUUUCACCUUGUUGAUGGGAAAGACGAGGACAUCCUGGACUUUGGGUUGUUGAACUUUCCCGACGUGCUGUUGAUAUCCGUAAUCGUGGAGGAUAUCGUUUACAUAAUCGAUCCUACUAAGAGACGUCCAUCCACCGUGGCAAAGCUAGAGGUACCAGGUUGCAGAACCUGCAAGGUAUUAGAUGACGAACAUGUUGUGGUCGCAGGCGCCAAUAGUAUAUCCGUAAUAAAAUUCAAAGAACAGAGUAUUAUCCAUACAUGGGAGUUAGGCGCGAAGAAAAUUGAUAUUGUAGAUGGCAAUAUUGUGGCACUAGGGGAAGACGGAAAUAUCUCUGUGUUUAAUGCUCAGAAUCCUAACGAUGUGCUCACUGUUCGCGUAGAGAACAACAGCAUUAUCGAAUUCGGAGGUAUUGGCGACAGAAACCUUGUCGUGGCCUGGCUAAACGUUAACGAGCCGAACUUUGAGAUUAUAACUUCUGCCCAACUGGCAUCGGGGCAAAAUAUUGUUCUACAGCAAGCACCGCAGCCGCUAUUAACCAAUCACGCUCCAGAUACCCAAGUGCCCGAGCAAGAGGCGGCGGAACGCGAAAAGCCUCCAUCAAAAAAGACUUCCAAAACUGAGCAGGACGAUACGUCGCAGGCCUUGAUACAUGCGCUUGCAACGACCCUAGAUGAGAAAGUCGUCACCGAACUGCUCAUUUCUAACACCUGGUCCGAGGAUAGAAUAAAAGAAUUUGUCCACAUGCAUCUCCUUCCAUCGCGUUCCAAUGAACUGUUUGUCAUCGUGAGCCAGCUUUUGGCCUCUGACGUUUGGGCAGAAAGCUCAGCGAUCCGUUGGUGGUUUAAGUGGUUGCUUCGGCUGCGUGCUCCUCACCUAGAUGCCUUGCAGCCGCGGGGUAACAAGGAAAUCAAGGCUCUUCGCGCGAACCUCAAGGCCAGUUCCGACUCGCUCCCGAUCCUGUUAUCAAUGCAGGGGGCCCUGGAGAUGCUUCGCGCCCAGGCAAAGUUGCGCCAGGAGUUGUCUCAGGUCGCGCUUGAGGACGCUGAUGAUGCCGAGUAUGGAAGCGAAAUAACGUAUGCCAACGGCGAAGCAGACGACUUUGUCGAUGCACUGGACUACAAGAAAUGA